CGACAGCAGCAGUAGCAGUGGCGUUCGGUAGUGUGAACUCUGAUAACGACAGCCAGCAAUGGGAAUUGCCCCUUUUGCUUGGUUUCCCGGGGAGGGGUUAAAUAGGAACGCCGUCCCGUCGGAAGCCAUCAGUUUCAAGCUGUCCAAGAACCCCCCGCCAUCACCAUGUCUCUGAAGUCCGACGAAGUUUUCGCCAAGAUCGCCAAGCGGCUGGAGAACAUCGACCCGGCCAACCGCCAGGUGCAGCAGGUCUACAAGUUCCGCAUCACCAAGGACGGCAAGGUCGUCAAGAACUGGGUCAUGGAUCUGAAGGCCGUCAAGCUGACCGAGUCGGACGGAGACGCCGAGGCCACCCUGAUCAUGGACGAUGAGAUCAUGUUCGCGAUCGGAACCGGUGCCAUGCCCGCCAAGGACGCGAUGGCCCAGGACAAGAUGGAGGUCGAGGGACAGGUUGAGCUGAUCUUCCUGCUGGAGCCGUUCAUUGCGUCGCUGAAAUCAAAGAUGUCCCUAAAAUCUGAUCUCAUCUGGGACAAACUGAACGAUCGUCUAGCUCAAAUUGACCCCACCAAUCGCACCUUUAAGGUGAUUUUGUUGGUUCACCUUCAAAAAGAUGCAGCGACCGUGAAAAGUGUUGUGCUCGAUUUUGACUCGCUAAAGAUUGUGGAAAUCGAACGGGGUGCAUCCGGUUCGGGAGAGUAUUCUGCUGGACGAUUCGAGGCCACGGUCGCGAUCGAUGAUGAGGACUUUUUCAAGGUGGCCACCAAGGAGGUGACUUUCAAGGAACUGAUUGAACAGGAUAAAGCAAAGGUAACCGGCAACAAGGGAGCUUUCAUCACGCUGGAUGAAAAGUUUCGCAAAAAGUGAAUAAAUAAAUAACCA